AUGUCGGCCCCGAACCCAUCGUGCGGAACCAAGAGGAAGCGGAAGGAGGAAAAUGGCCCCGUUAGGUCCAAGACUGGCGAAGUGCUAGAAAACUCCGAGGACGAGUGUGAGAAUCCCUCGUUUGACACUUCGCUAUCAGGCAAUGUCGGCUUCAUGAACAAGUUGUACACAAACUUCGCCCAAAGCUUGACGCCGGAUCAACAGCGACGUUUCUGCGGCUCCCUCAUCGAUAGCUACGAGUUCAAAGAGGGUGGUUUGAUGAAGAAGACCAUCUCAGUCAAGUACCAGGGCACUCAUCACCAUGUUAUCUCUUAUUACAGUCUCGAAGACGUUGUGAGCGGAAAACUGAAGCGACCAUUCGAAGACUCAAAGCUCGCCGACAUUCAGCCAAGACCCGAGCUUCUGAACGGUUGGAAGGUCAGCCUCGAAGAUGAGGAGAGCAGAGACAUGCCCCUUGUAGCAGGAAACCUGCACCACAUCCAACCAAGCCAUGUGCAACAUCAUAUCGUCGGAGCUGUAACUCUAUCAAUCGAUACACAAG